AUGCCGGAGCCCGGGCCGGAAGCUUCGGGCACCGCCAGCGCUCAGCCCCCGCCGCCGCCGCCGCCCCUGCCUCCUGCGCCCAAGGAGUCCCCAUUCUCCAUCAAGAACCUGCUCAACGCCGCCGCCGCCGCUGCUGCCGCCGCGGCCAAGGGGGCCCUGGAGGGCGCCGCGGGCUUCGCGCUCUCGCAGGUGGGCGACCUGGCUUUCCCCCGCUUUGAGAUCCCAACGCAGAGGUUUGCCCUGCCUGCGCACUACCUGGAGCGCUCCCCGGCCUGGUGGUACCCCUACACCCUGACCCCCGCCGGCGGCCACCUCCCGCGACCUGAAGCCUCGGAGAAGGCCCUCCUGCGAGACUCCUCCCCCGCCUCAGGCACUGACCGCGACUCCCCGGAGCCCCUGCUCAAGGCGGACCCCGACCACAAGGAGCUGGACUCCAAGAGCCCGGACGAGAUCAUUCUGGAGGAGAGUGACUCGGAGGAAGGCAAGAAGGAGGGCGAGGCGGCGCCGGGUGCGGCCGGGGCGAGCGUAGGGGCGGUGUCUGCGACCCCGGGCUACGAGGACUGGAAGAAGGGCGCCGAGAGUCCCGAGAAGAAGCCCGCGUGUCGCAAGAAGAAGACGCGCACCGUCUUCUCGCGCAGCCAGGUCUUCCAGCUCGAGUCCACCUUCGACAUGAAGCGCUACCUGAGCAGCUCCGAGCGUGCCGGCCUGGCCGCCUCGCUGCACCUCACUGAGACGCAGGUCAAGAUCUGGUUCCAGAAUCGCCGCAACAAGUGGAAGCGGCAGCUGGCCGCAGAGCUGGAGGCGGCCAACCUGAGCCACGCCGCGGCGCAGCGCAUCGUGCGCGUCCCCAUCCUCUACCACGAGAACUCGGCGGCCGAGGGCGCGGCGGCCGCGGCUGCAGGGGCCCCGGUGCCGGUCAGCCAGCCGCUGCUCACCUUCCCGCACCCGGUCUACUACUCGCACCCUGUGGUCUCGUCCGUGCCCCUGCUACGGCCGGUCUGAGGCC